AUGCGGUCGGGGGGGUUCGCUUCCGAAGCGCCAUCAGGUGACACGACCACCGCAGAUGAGGGAUCAGACGUUGCGCCACAUGCCUCCGGUUGUGUUCAGUAUGACAUGGACGGAAUGCCAGCGUUUAAAGGGUCUGUUUGCCCUAAAUCACCCAUCCAAGAUCCUCUAGUGAACCCACUGGACGGGUAUGUAGAAGCACUGGUAAAGCGACUCGGGGAAGCUUUGGAUCCACUGGGCUUAGCCGGGGCGUUAUUGCGCAGCAGCCACGUUGUAACGACCUUCAAGGAAGGUGUGGCUGUAUUUGAUUUGCCGUGGGUUGCUCUUCUACGCGAUGCUUCUGAGAAGGCUUUCUCGUCAGUGGACCCUGCACUGGAGGAACUCGUGAGUAGGGAUACAUUCCCCGCAGCGGAUAACGGGGCCAGCUUGAAUAACGCCAGAGGUAACCUUGUUUGUGGCAUGACGGAGUUGGCAGGCGUUUUAAGGAGGUGUUAUUCUGCCUUGGGGGCGGCUCCCUUGUGCUCUUUCGAUGAUGUACACGAGCGUCUGCUUUCCAUCAGUAGGCGGUUUGUUGGUGACAUAGGGUCGAGUCGUGGUCCCUUUUCAACCGCCCAGGUACCGUUAAGCAUGGAAGAGCUUAAGGCAUUACUUCUUCAAGACGUCAACAGAUGGGGGCUAAGCACGUUUCCUUAUUUAGUGUUCGCGGUCUCUUCGCGCCACCCUCUGCAGUUGGUCUGGAAUGAUGCCACGGUCGAUAAGGCAGAACUAGCGUUUCAUGUUUACUAUAUGGUAGCUCGAAUCAAUCGGUGGGAGGAGGAGACUGGAUCGGGGAGGGGCAUACUCUUUCCCGUUGAAUGGAUGGACGAACUCCUGCGGUGGCUCACAGAUCGCGAUGAGGUGCCGUUGUUGCCACUUCGAUGCCCAUCACAGUCGCUUACACCAGUCUCACAGAUGGAUUAUUCUCCCGUCCCAUGUGCUCCAGGUCCUUUUGACAUCUCGCGUGUGUUGAGGGUCACUGCUGAGGAUCCAAGCAAACAUAUGGUCCAGUAUGAUGACGGUGGCGUAGAUGUUAUCCCUGAAGAUCUGUUUGACUACCUGUGGUCGCUGUUUGGUGGAGGGGCAAAAUACAUAGUGAUGGGUAAAUUUCGUAACAAGAGUAAGAUUAUGGAGCUGCUGAAGCCGAAGCGUGUAUCCAUUGCCGUCACGUUUGAGGGAUCCGAUCGAGAAGGCCAGCUGAGAGUGGAUUCUUUGCUCUUGGAUGAUGUGUUACCGCGGGCGUCGUUGUCGGAGGUGUCGCGGCGCGCUAUAGGUGAAUUACUGGAUAAACACCAGUACGGGUGGGAGAAUGGGAUGGAGCUUUUCGGCCUUACGCGCCCGGACAAUGUUAUUGAGAUGUGCGUCACCCACGUUCACGGUAAGGAGCUACAGGCUUCUCGGUUGGUGGAAGUUGUGGAUGGAAAGACAGUAGAAGAUUUACUUGGUGACUUUCGUAGCUCUACCGAAGUGGUCACUGACCAUUGUGGGCCAGUUCUUCGAGUGUCGCUACUUGUUCGCCACCCAGCGGGACUGACAUCACCUGCAGGACCUGGUUUUUGUGGCCUAACGAACGUUGGCAACACGUGUUACAUGAACAGCGCUCUACAAUGUCUGUUAAGUUUAGGGGCCGUGUGCCGUUUACUUUUCUCCCUUCGUCUCUCAGAGUACGCCAAUCUAUCAAUUACACGUGAGUUUGUCAACCUUCUUCGUGAUAUGCUCGCUGGGAGAAGAGUUGCGAAGACCCUCCCCUUGAAGACGGCCAUUGGGUCCGUGGAAAGACGCUUCAAUACGUACGAGCAACAGGAUGCCGUUGAGUUUAUUGAAGUGUUGCUUGACCGCAUACAUGAGGAAAUGAACCACGUGUACGGGAAGCGCUAUAGGGAACGCCUAGAUACUGACAAGGACAUUCCCAAAAGUAAGCUGGCGAAUUGCUUUUGGGAGGAUGCAAAGGCCAACAACCAAAGCUUUGUUCCACAACUUUUUUCUCAUCAGUCAGUUCACUUUUUCGUUUGCUGCAAUUGCAAGGGGACGAGUACAGUAUUUGACAACGGCUCUACGUUAGUUGCCACUAUAGCGCCACCAACCCGACGUGUAUUUGACGUUGAUGUUCUUCUACCGGGAGAGCUUGUGCGUCGAGUGCAGGUGAAGGUGGCCUGCGGUUCCGACGACCGUGUUCGUGCGUCGGAUAUCGAGAAGGAAAUAUGGGAACGCCUACACUCUACGAAUACGGAUUUCUUUUCUUCCAUGGCUACCUCAGUCGGCUGCCCCGAAGCUCAGGCGCCCCUUAAAGGGAAGGGACAAGACAACAAACAAUCACUUGGGGAUUAUCGGGCUGUUCUAUGUGCGGAUUCCCACACGUGCUUUUCAGAUGGGGGACACGUACUUCACGCCGCAGUCCUUUGGAGGGGUGCAGGGCUUGGGGCGGGGGAAAAGCGUGUUCUUCCGACGGGGCCGUCGCUAGCCAACAGGAACAGUACGGAGGAAUUUGCAGAAGCGCAGCCAAUGUGCAAUGAAUUCCAGCAGCAAAGGGAGAUGAAAGAUCAGUGUGUGUACAUCUGGUACUUUCUUCAACCCCAAGGUAGUUCGUCCCCCCGCGAUGCACUGCUCUGUCAUGUGGAGUGUUCGUCGGUUGAUGCUUUGGGUGACAGAAAAUCGUCCCUGGCCUACAUUAUCGAACGAAGUGUCAAUUUGGGUGAUCACUUUUUGAGCUGGAAACUGGGCUGCGUUGACCAAUGUACGUCGCUUGAACAGGAUGGUGGAGAAAACAAACAUCUGCAGCGCGGUCCGAAAAAAAAUCUCAGGGUGUGGUUCUGUUCCACCAUGGGGGAUAACGGCUACUAUCUCAAUCUUGAAGACACUGGGGACGGCCGCGACUGGAUUGAUUCGGGCGAUCUGCCACUUACUCUCUCGAUGGACUCCCGCGUUGUCAUACAGUACGAUGAUCAAAUGAUGCAACUUAGUGAUGCGAUCCGUGUCACGAACUUUCAUUCGGUGGGCAGCAGCCCUUUUCCAGGUGAGCCCACAUUUUAUAGUUGCAAUGGAACUAACAAGGAGGCGGUUGACGUUCAUGAGUGUCUGAAAAGUACUUUUUCGUCCGACAUCCUCACCGGGGAGAAUAGUUUAAACUGCAGUAAAUGUGGGGGUUUCUGUGAUGGGCGCGUGGAAAGACGACUAUUCCGUCUUCCACCGUGUCUUAUUAUUUCUCUCAAGCGGUUCAAAUUAGACAUACGUGGAGUAACAAAGGAUACUGCGUUUGUAAGGUUUAGCGAAGAACUGGACAUGAAACAGUUCAUGGACGAGGAAUCGCCAGAAAAGCACACAAAGUACAAGUUGGUCGGCGUUGUCUUCCACCGAGGGGGUUUGUCAUAUGGGCACUACACAGCGGCGAGAUUCAGCAAAGCCACCAAACAGUGGUUUUGCUGCGAUGAUUCUAGUGUGAUGGUCAGGGACAAAGGGCCGUGGGCAUGGCCCGCUGCAGGAGAUGCGUAUAUUUUGUGCUACGAGCAGUUAGUUGAGGGCUGA